UUCUCAAGGCUGCGGCCGGCCGUUUCAACCUGGUUUCAACAUUCCACAUUUCCAAGGACAAGACAAACCCAAUGGCUUAUAAAAUCAUCAGCCAGAAGGACGAGGAUAUCCUAAAUGUUAUUUUCAACCCAGGCGCCAACCCUCUCUCAGAUGGAAACGAAACGCAGCAAGGACAACCCGCCCCACGGUCUUUUUCGCCAACACUAUUGACGCAGUUGAAGAAACUCGAAGCGGAGGCUGUGCAGCUCGCGGAGGAGAAGGACGUCAAGGGUGCGAUUCAGAAGCUGGAUGAGUGCAUACGACUGGAGCCGGGAUAUGCUAGUGCCUACAAUAACAGGGCACAAGCGUACCGGUUAGAAGGAGACGUUGACAAAGCGUUGGCGGAUUUGGCAAAGGCGAUCGAGCUGGGAGAAGGGGAUCCGGUCGUUCUCAAGCAGGCAUACACACAGCGAGCAGUCAUUCGAAAAGAUAAGGGCGACGUAAAUGGGUCCGACAGCGACUUUGCCCAGGGGGCGCGGUAUGGGAAUGAGGUGGCGAAGGCCGCUGUCAAGAACAACCCAUAUGCCAAGAUGUGCAAUCAAGUUGUUAUGGAGGCUAUGAGCAAGCUGAACCAGAAAGCAUAGGACGGUUUUGAUUCCUCCUGUCGCCUAACUCUUUGAGUUUCCGAUCGACUUCGCCUUUCUUGACGGCCCGUAGGAAGCCGUGCAUCGGAAUGUAGCAUAUAGAUUGGUUCACCGUAGGGGUUUCUGAGAUCUAGCAUACAUAGACAUUCAGCAUGGAUAUGCCAUAUCAGGCAGCCGGACG